AUGGAAUCAAGUAAAGAAUGUGAGACUUCUGAGAGCAAGGAGGGAUCUCUUACAGCUGCCCAGAAGGCUCGCCUGGAACGGAACAGGAGCAGGGCCCUCGCACUCAGAGAAGCUCGACUCGUCAAACGUCCAGCAGCCGACAAGAAGGACCACAUCGAAAAGAAGUCUAUCCGUCCUCCGGUGGACUCCGGCGGGGGCUUCCUCCUGGAGGCCGAGGAGGAGGAGUCUCCCCCCGCGCCCCGCGCCCCGCACGCACCCAUCGUGCACCGACCCGACCAGCCGCUCUGUCUACACUGCGGCCAGCCCUUCCCGCAGUCCUAUCUGUUGGACACAUUCGACUACAGCGCCUGUGACGGCUGCAGGGACGACGAGGACAAGCACGAGCUCAUCACGCGGACGGAGGCCAAGAGCGAGUUCCUGCUCAAGGACUGCGACCUGGACGCUCGGCCGCCGCCGCUGAGGUGUGUGAGGCGCCGCAACCCGCACCGAGCGCGCUUCGCCGAGAUGAGGCUGUACCUGCGGGUGCAGGUGGAGCAGCGCGCCCUGGACGUGUGGGGCUCGGAGGAGGAGCUGCGGCGGGAGCGUGAGGAGCGGGACCGGCGCCGCGAGCGAGCCGCCGACACCGCCGCGCGCCGCCGGCUGAGGGCGCUCAGGAUGGACGUGCGCUCCAGUCUGUUCGACCGCACACGGGCCGCGCACGAGCACCAGUACGGCGAGGAGACCUACGACCCCCACGAGGACGUGUACCGCCGCCGCUGUGAGUGUGGACACGAACAGACGUACGAGAAGAUGUAG